UGUAGGUGUGUGUAUGUGUUCCCCUCUUGUUUCUCACACAGGUGUGUGAGGAGGAGGUGACACAAUUAAAGCCGUCACCUUUGUCUCAAUGUUUUUUUUUUUCUCAAAUAGCUUUGCGUGUGUGAAUGUUUGCAUGUGUGCGUGUGAAUGCGUUUGUGCGUUUGCAGUAUGUGUCCUCAGUUGCGUCAGCGUUGUCAGUUUCUGCGCCAGCAGGAGGCUCCUCCUACAUAUCCAGGCCCCUCCCGCUUCCUGUGUGUCAGUAUAAAGCAUGGCCUCCUCUCUCUCUCUCUUCCACAUUCACUCACAGCCUGAACACUGCAGGAGCAAGGCUCAACAUCUUCAGACUGAUCCUCUCCUGGCCCACGCCAACAACUGCAGUCAUGAAUGUAGGUAUCUGUGUGUGUGUUCUCCUGGCUGCUUUGUCCAGCAGUUCCCUGAGUCUGCCCUCACAUGCCAUGUCACAGAGAGCUGAGGGUGAGGCUCUCCCGUCAGACAGCCUCUCCCCACAACACACCCGCCAGGCACGCUCAGCUCCAGCACCCUCCUCAGGGCAACUAGCUAACUACAACCAAGCCAGCCUGAGCCAGCUACUGGCCAGACUCCUCUCCAGGAAAGGCUCUCCCUACCAGACUAGAUCCUCCCUCACCAGCAGAGCCAGUGGUGUAGCUCCAGGCCACAGGAUAAAGGACAGAGAUUACCUCGGCUGGAUGGACUUUGGACGACGCAGUGCAGAGGAGUAUGAGUACUCCUCCUAAAGGCAUGGCUUGCUUUUGCCGAAGCCUGAGUUACAACCCCCAGCCAAUAAAAGCCCCCCAAAAUAAUGAGCCCUUUUCACACUGCACUGUAACCAAGGGCUGACUUGAAUGAGCUUAGCCCCGUUAUAUAUAAACAGAGAGGAAAAAGAUCCUGUAAUCUCCAUGCAAAUUGUAUCUAAGCACAAAAUUUAAAGGAUGAAGCUGAAAAUAUUCUACAUUGUUGUUAUUGUCAGGAGUUUGUUCAUUUCUCCAUACUUUGUGACUACUGUCUGUUGCUCUCAGCCUCAGACUGAUUUGUUUCUAAUGAAGACAUGAAUCAUUAAAAAUAGCUCACAAAUAUAUAGUUUCAUUUUUACAAACACACUUUAGCAAACUCAAACAGGAUAAAAGUGCAUUUAUUUAGAACUAUUUUCAGUUGCGGAUUAAUACACAUUUGGUGCUCUAAUGAGUAUUUCUGGCAUAUGUGGGAUUUGUCAGUGGCACAGAAGGUGAUGCUUUACAGGUAUAAUCUUGUUAGACCGUUUAAUGCACCGUAUCUGUGUUUUCAUAAGAUUUGUUGACAAUAAGACAAAUAUAGAAUAUUACCAGAAUUGUCUUUUAAGAGCAGGAGUCUCAUUUCUGAAUUCAAGCUUUUUGGAUUGGAACUGAAAAACUGACUAUCAUGAACACAUUUGAAAGGCAUGUUCUUAUAAAUAUAAAGUCCAGUGAGGCACUUGUCUUAGAACUCAGAUUUCUGUCACCUUUCUGUAGUGUUAAAAUGUCCAAUUUUUCCUGACAUUUCAGAAUGUAUCCAAGGCCUUAUAUUUGACCUUAAUGAGCCACUUUGGGGUUUUUUGGAAAUUAUACGAAAAGUAUGCUUUAAGUCUGUAUCUUUGAUUGGUAUCUUAAUGUACUCAACUAACUGCAGCCCAGAGCUUCAAAUCACUUCAACUUUACACAAGUGCACAGUAAAAAGUAUUUUCAUAUCAAACCUUCUGCAGCUAAAGAAAACAGCAACAGCACCUACUUUUCACCUCCGACCCUGGCCCCUGAAGGUAACCCUGGGCUUAAAAUGUGCAGUGUGAAAAGCACAAGAUAUGUUUCAGAAAGCACAAGGUGUUGUCUGCUGUAUAUGAGAUGCCUGGGAGUGUCCCUAUCAUUACAUAGUGGCACUCGGUGGCAGAUACAUCAGAUAAAUCAGGACUACUGAAAUACUGUAGAUAUGAGUAGAAGUGUUUUUGUUCUUUGUAUGCACUCUCAAAGGUUAAGUCUCUGUAAUAAAUUAUAUGUUUUUACCAACUUUGAAAUUCAAUAAAAUUCAAAAUAAA